GAGCCGCAUUUCUUUAAGCAAAAACCUGCAUGCGGCUCGAGACCUGCGGUUUGGCCACCCCUGGGUGAGCUGGUUCAAAAAGAGAUUAGAUAUUUAUCUGAGUAACAAGAAUAUCUUGUUAAGCUAGAAAACAUUUUAAAAGCCAAGAGCUUUGGAAGGGAUAAAACCUUCAAGCUUCAGGGUGCAGGCCAAUCUCUAACAAUUUGGACUUGGAAAAAAAUAACCGUAGGUGCAGGUUAUUUCAUCACUGGCUAUAAAAGGGUUUAUUCCCCUGAAGUAUCUGACACUGGCUACUCUCAUAGGCAAGGUACAGGAUUAGAUGGACUGCUGUUCUGCUACAAUAUGGAAAUGCCCCUGUUCCAGUAUUCAUGCAGCAAGGAUGACACCAAAGAGAGGAAGUACUUUUAUAGGGAGAGAAACCCAUCAUGUAUUUCCUGUGAGAGGAAAGAAAUAUACUAGAGGAAUUUGAGAUAGUGCAGGAAUAGAUGAUGUAACAGGGAGAAUGCAGGAAGUCAGAAAAAAAGACCAGGCUCUGAUGGGAUCCAUUCCAGGACACAAAAGGAAGUAUCUGAAGAGCUGAGAGCCUUGAGAUAAAACAGAAAUACAAAUCAAGAGAGGAGUAUAUAGCACAGACCAGACUGAAGCCAUUCUAAUUCAUAUAUCAUGAAGAUCCAGAAACCUACAGAUCUAACUGAGGAACUGAAAAUGGGCACCACUCAGAUGAAUACAUCGAGUGCCCCACUUGUUAAUGGUCUCAUCAGUGCAGAACUGAAGACCCACAGACCCCGGGUGAUGUCCAAAAGUGGUCACAGCAAUGUGAGGAUUGACAAAGUAGAUGGUAUAUAUCUGCUUUACCUUCAGGAUUUGUGGACCACAGUUAUAGACAUGAAGUGGAGAUAUAAACUUACCCUGUUUGCUGCUACUUUUGUGAUGACCUGGUUCCUCUUUGGAGUUAUCUAUUAUGCCAUUGCAUUUCUUCAUGGAGAUUUAGAAAGGGAUCAUUUCCCCCCCAAGCAUAUGCCUUGUGUCAAGGAAGUAAACUCGCUAACUGGGGCAUUUCUCUUUUCUUUGGAGUCACAGACAACAAUUGGUUAUGGCUUCCGUUUCAUCACAGAGGAGUGCCCUCAUGCCAUUUUCCUCCUGGUUGCUCAGCUAGUCAUCACAACCUUGAUUGAGAUCUUUAUCACUGGCACUUUUUUGGCCAAAAUUGCAAGACCCAAAAAACGGGCUGAGACUAUUAAGUUCAGUCACUGUGCUGUAAUUACCAAACACAAUGGAGAGCUUUGCCUUGUGAUCAGAGUGGCAAAUAUGAGGAAGAGCCUUCUGAUUCAGUGCCAGUUGUCUGGGAAACUUCUUCAAACCUAUGAAACCAAAGAAGGGGAGAGGAUCCUGCUCAACCAAGCCAGUGUCAAAUUCCAUGUUGACUCCUCUUCAGAAAGCCCAUUUCUGAUUUUACCUUUAACCUUUUACCAUAUUUUGGAUGAGAGUAGCCCUUUAAGAGAUCUCACACCCCAGAACCUAAGAGAAAAGGAUUUUGAACUGGUUGUCCUCUUGAAUGCCACAGUAGAAUCCACUAGUGCUGUCUGCCAAAGCAGAACUUCUUAUAUCCCAGAGGAGAUCCACUGGGGUUAUGAGUUUGUGCCUGUGGUUUCUCUCUCCCAAAAUGGAAAAUAUGUUGCUGAUUUUAGUCAGUUUGAGCAAAUCAGAAGAAGCGUAGACUCUACUUUUUAUAGCAUGGACUCUGAAAAACAGAAACUAGAAGAGAGAUACAGGCAGGAAGAGGAAAGAGAGAGAGGACUGAGAACAAUGUUGUUACAGCAAAGCAAUGUUUGAUUGUGUGAGGAAAGGUUAGCAUCUAGUAAUACCUAUUUACAAACUGAAACAAAAGCACACAUUAUAUGCUGAUUGGCUCUUAAGAAAUGCAGCAGAGCAAAUGCCUGGGUAUAGAGAAAAUCUGUUCUUUUGUCAAGUUGUUAAGUAUUUGGAUUAAGUAGACAAGAUUUCUUUGUUUAUCAUAAUGACUUUUAAAAAGUGAGAUUUAUUUUUAGAAUCUGUCUUGUACCAGCUGUCAGAUCAGACAUGCUACUUUCCAUUUGGUAAGUAGAGUUUGAUACUGUGAAAAGAUUUCUUCACAUCGAUAUUUGCCACGAUUUAAUUAUAAAAGUGGGAUCUCAAAAGUUAGCACACAGUGCUUCCAGAAGGAAAUAUGCUUCUUUAAAAUGUUUAUUUUCAUACCAGUGCUUUAUUUUCUUUAAGUGCUUUUCAUGUUGUGGAAAAUAAGUUAAUGUGAGAGAAAUGUGGUUCAGUCAAUAUAGACAUGCUAUCGCUGGCAAACACAUUCUUUUAUCUUGAAUGAGAGAAAAUGACUUGUAUCCUAAUAGCCCUGCUGGGCUUUGUUAAAAGAGUGAUUUCUGCUCCACUGGGGACCAUUAGUGUCUUGAACGCUAAUUUGGUUUUUUACCAUGUUAAUGGCUGGCUUGUAUGUAAUAACUAGGAAGGAGCUGAGGGCUGUUAACACAGAAUCAAAACAGUAAUUAAUUAAGUUAAAAUUGAAUUUGCCAGGACUUUUGUUUUCACAAAGCAAACAUUUUUGCUAGCAGCUGUUUCUGCUAGCAGCUCACCAAUACAUUUCUAAAGGUUGCUAGUUUUGCCAUGGGCCAUAUUUAAUUUUUGUUAAAUGAAAUCUUUAUGACAUCUGUAGCCAAUAUUUACUUUCUGGCAACUUUAAUGGAUAAACAUUCCUUUGAUCCAUUUCAGUUUCAGUCUAUUAAACCAUUCUAUUAAUAAAAGAGUGGCAUUUGAGCGGUGGCUGAUUUCUUUGUGGCACAGUGAGAGGGUGUGGUAGUUAGGACAGGCGCUGCUAAAUGCUUGGCAUAUUUAUUUACAUACAGCAAAAGCAAAGAUUGCUGAUCAAACGACUUUAAAUGGUCAAGAAAUGGGGGGAAAGCUGUGGAGCAGAGGUGGACUGGAAACAUGCUUGCUGUGUGAAGAAGAGCUGUCCAAUAUAAUUUAGAAAUGAUUUUCCUCUCAGCCCCAUGUGUGCUUUUGCCAGUGGCAGUGAUGGAUUCAGAGGCCCUGAUAUGACCAACCUAGUACAUACAAAAGUCCCUGUUGACCUGACUGUGAGCUUUGGGUGUGUUAUGCGUGAAGGCUGGGUGUAGGUCUGAGAAGCACUGGGUCCUGGCUUUAAGGUAAAUCAUCCUGCAUUCUUAAGUUCCCUUGCAGUCCUACAUUUCUGUGAUUUUAUGCCAAGAAAAAUGUUAGUUCUCUUGCACAUAACCAGAACUAGAGCUGUGCAAAUUCUAAAGGGUAUGUGUAGUUGAAUUACAGGUCACUAGGCUAAAUGCAGGCAUCAAAGCAUUGUAUUAUACAGGAGGUCAGACUAGAUGAUUCUAAUAGUUCAGUCUGUCCUUUGGCUCUAUUCAUAUACUUGUACCACAUAAUAGUAGAAAAUAUGUCCUUUUUUUCUCAUGCUCAUAAAUGAUCUUUGAGCAGACUUUGAUUUUGAAAGUGUUUUAAUGAUUUGAAAUGGUCUGACAUAAACAAAUGUCAGCCUAGGGAUCGUUUAUGAGGGAGAAAUGAGCCUAGGUCUCCCACAUCCCAUGUGAGUGCUCUAACCACUGAGCUAGGGAUUGUAAAGUGGGUGUCCCUUCAUGUCUUCCUCCGGGCAUUUUGUCAUCAGUGGGUGGGCUCUUGUUUGUGAAUUUCUGAGUAAGGUUAGAUGCCUAUCUCUGAGAGACCAGCUGGGUUUAGCAUACACUCCUCUGGUCAGUGUCUUCCACUUCCUAACUUAGGUGGCUCCCUUCCUAACAUUGGUGGCUUUUGUGGAUUCCAUUACAAAUGCCCCUCACUCCCCAGUCAGUGAACAGGGAGCGCAGGCACUGAAUUUUGCUUUGUUAUUCCUGUGAUAUUUCUAGGCACCUAAAAGUUAGGUACCAUGAUGCUUAGUUUUGCAAAGCCUAAAUUCCUUUGUGGUCACCAAUCUGAGUGUAUGUCACUGUGUAAAUGCAUUUGCACAAGGACUUGUGAAUAAAGUGAAUGAGUUUUUUGUUUCAGUGUCUGAACCAAAAAAUCUGAAAAAAACAAUUACUUCAUUUCAAACUGCAGUGAAUUCUCAUUGAAACAAUACCAAAACACAAUGUAUUUGUGUUGAACAAAAUAUUUAGACUAUCAUUUCAUUAUGCAAAUGUUUUGAAACAAAAUGUCAAAAGGGGUAGUUAUAAAAAUGAACAUUUUUUUCAGGGUUUUUUUUUUUUUUCAGUCAAACCUAUUCAUCAAGUUCAACUCAAGUAAUUUUGCAUUUGGGAAUGGUUUCAGUGUCCGUCAAUAUUCUUUUUUUGGCAAAUUUACUAUUCACUAAAUUUGUUUUGUUCCGUUCUACUUGAGAAGCUUUUGCUUUCUAAACAAAUGCAAAACUAUUUGCAAACAAAAAUGUCCCUCAUAUUUGGGUAGACAAAUAAAAUGGGUCAUAAUUACUAAAGUGAAUUCAUGGUUUUAUAUUCAAACAAAUCUCCACCAUUACAGUUGGAAGGAUUUGCACAACUAGAGUGAGAACACUUCCUAUGGCAGACAGCUCUCAAUUCAUUGAUUGCAUCAGACCCAUAGUGAAAAGCAGAACAAAAGGAAGCAUUGUGCAGACUGGAGCUCUUGCAUAUUCGGUAUUAUAAUUCUGCCUGGUUGGAAUGUAACCAUUUAUCCGCCACAUGUAUGUAGAUUAUUACAUGAGUAAUGGAACAUUAUGCUCCUGUUAGGCUGGUGAGCCAACAGGGUAUUUGGCGAAAAUAUCAGAUUAUCAGGUCAGGGUCUUCUUAAUGGAAAAGAUUUCUGCUGAACAUCCUGUACCGAACUGGUUGAAAGAAAAUUUGAAACAUUUCCAGUGCUUUAUAUUUUCUCUCAGCAGGGGCCACUCAGAAUUGUCCUGUUAUGAAUCACUUCAUAGAAAACAGAAACAAAGCAAUGUAAAACACAAGUAGUACAGCAACUUCAUUUUGUAUGUAUUGUAUAUAGUUUUAAUAAUAAACUUUUUAUUAU